GUGGGGGCAACUGCAAUCGGGGCGUCGACUACAUCAACUGGACCGGAAGAUCGGGGUGCCGCUGGUCAUACGCCUAAGACGGACGCAGUAAAACAAGCGGGAUUCGCACCUCAGCAGGGGGUUAUCGCUUUUGUAUCACUCGUGUUGGGCCCGCUGUCGUCAACUACCAAGGCGGGUGGUGAAAGAAGAACUGGCAACGUCAGCCAUGUCACAUCACCUCAAGGGGAGAGCGUGAAUUUCCUUUGAUGAAACAAAAUGAAAGCCGUCUUUCUGAAUUAAGUAGUCCUUUAUAAAACCCUCUUGGACCACAAACAGACGUACCUACGUGUUUCUCUUUAAUAAAAAUAAUUCCUUUCUCCAUUCAUAGCUAGCAUAGAUACCGGCGUUCCCUGCCUCGAUGUUGUCCCAAGAAAUUCAAAUUUGUCGUGGAAGUGAAAAACUUAGGUAUCGCAAAAAGGAGGG